CACCUCCUUUGGCUGUUCUGAUCAAAAAUCAAACCCAAAAUUCAAUCCCUCUCUCUCUCUCUCUCUCUCUCCCUCCUAGUUGCAAAACGACAAUCCGUUUAAUUCUCUUCUUCUCCACUCUCUAAAAUUCGUGCAAUUUUGGAAUUCUUCAAAACGACGACGGCGACCAUGGCUGACGACGGCAAGGCCAAUCUGCCAAACGAUCUCUCCUCCUCCAAAACGACAGAUGAAGCCAUCGGAGGAAAUGGUGAGGACAAGACACUUUUGGGGUUACUCGAUGAGUCAAAAGACCAAGUAGCAUCUGAAAGCAAUAUUCCUCUUUCACCACAGUGGCUCUAUGCUAAACCAGCUGAUGCUAAGGCAUUAACUGCUGGCAUUUUGGGGGAAGUGGGUGCACCUGGUUCUUUGCCCCAUGGAAACUCCACAGAUCCCAGCCCAAAAGACGGUUGGCGUUUAGAUGGGUCUCAGGAAAAGAAAGACCGGAGAAGGGCUGCUCCUGAUGUUGAAUUGAAUCGCCGCUGGCGUGAAGAGGAGAGAGACACUGGCAUACUUGGUAGAAGAGAUCACAGAAAAGAAGAUCGUCAUGCAGAUGUCAUCUCAACUUCUGAGAAUAGAGCCUUGUCCUUGACUGAUCGCUGGCAAGAUAGCCGUAGUUCUGGGCAUGAAUCCCGGAGAGACAGCAAAUGGUCAUCAAGGUGGGGUCCUGAUGACAAAGAAAAGAAUUCUAGAACUGAAAGGAGGACAGAUGUAGAGAAAGAGGGUAAUGACACUGACAAACAAUCUUUUGUCGGUAGUAAUCGUGCAGCUUCUGAACGUGACACUGAUUCUCGUGAUAAAUGGAGGCCACGCCAUCGUAUGGAAGCUCAUGCAGGUGGCUUGGCAGCACACCGCACUGCACCAGGGUUUGGGUUGGAGAGAGGACGGGUGGAGGGUGCAAAUGUGCGAUUUGCUCAGGGACGAGGAAGGUCAAACUCUGCAUCUUCUACUGGGUCUGUUCUUGUUAAUAAGAAUAACAGCAUACUAGGAAAAUCUGGCCCCCAUGAAGAUAUAUAUAUCUACCCUAGGGGAAAACUUCUAGAUAUUUAUCGUAAGAAAAAGACUGAUCCAACAUUCAAUGCCACGCCUGAUGGGAUGGAGCAUGUAUCACCAAUAACACAAGUAGGUUCUAUUGAGCCAUUGUCUUUUGUUGCACCUGAUGCGGAGGAAGAGGUUGUACUUGGAGAUAUAUGGAAGGGAAAAAUCAAUAGCAGUGGAGUGUCACGCAACUCAUUUAGAGGCAAGAAUGGAGGAUCAAAUGAUAAUAUCACUGGUGGGCUGAGACAGAGUUCCACUAGUAAUACUGAAGAAAAUGUUGAAUCUUUUGUAGUGGCUAAUUUAAAUGAUUCUUGCCAAUUUCCUGUUGCUGUGGGGUUGGAUACUUGUGGUUCACAGUUUGAUAGAAUUGAGGGGUUAAUUAUGUAUUGUUCUGUAGAACAUGAUUCUUAUAAAGAAGAUCGGUAUCUUCCAGCAGCAGUUGGUGUGGUAGUAACCAAUGGCUUGAUGUCAACAGUUUCAGAGGGCUAUGAUUGCCACAUUGUCAAUGAGAUUAGUGAUCCCAGCAGUACUGCUGCUGAACUCAAAUCUAGUGAAAAUAACCAGGCAGAAGAAGUUGCAAUUUUGAAACACUUUAAGUUGAAAGGCAUUGAGUCAGCUACUUCCUUUGAACUUGGCAGCCAGCUUCCUGACGAUUCAAGUUCUCUGUUUGAUUUUCUGUCUUUACAGAAAACUUCAAGCACUAAUCAGCCACCUUUAAAUAACUAUGAGGAGGGGCAUCCACUGGGAAGUGAUAUCCCACCUGAGGAAUGGAGUUUGUAUUAUCUUGAUCCUCAAGGGGAAACUCAGGGACCUUUUCUGGGAGUUGAUAUCAUUAAGUGGUUUGAACAAGGCUAUUAUGGACCUGAUUUACCAGUUCGCUUGUCAGAUGCCCCUGACGGAUCACCUUUUCAAGAACUUGGUAGUGUCAUGCCAAAUCUUAGAUUUAGAUCUGGGUGUGCCUCCGGCAAUGAUCUGGUUACAAAUUUAGAACCAUCUGAUGCUGUUGGAGGCAUCUUAGAAGAGAAUAUGGCUGCUUCUUCUUCUGCACUUGACUAUAAAGAUUGUGCUGUUAUAAGUAGUCAAAAGUCUGCUCCAUCUGUACAUGAGGCUACCUCUGGUGUUAGUGUUCAGUCAAGAAUGCCUAAUCAGGGUUAUCAUUCUGAGCUCCAGUAUCGCGAUGAUGAUAGUUUCCAAAACUUUGUUAGAAAAGAUGAUGAAGUUAUCUUUCCUGGAAGGCUUGGAAGUAGCAAUGGUAACUCUUUGCGGAGACCUUCUACUGACAUUCACGGUUCAUUUUCCAGUUCUAUGCGACAUCCUUCCCUUGCAAAUGAAUAUUCUGAAACUGCCAUGCAUAAUCAUCAGGAUGAUAAUAUGCAUCCUUUUGGCCUCUCACUGUCUGAGCUCAAAGACAGUUGUGCUCAAUCAUCCAAUAUGUCAUCAAGUAUGGGUGAUCAGGGUCACUUUGUUGAUCCUUUGGUCAAGAGAGAUGCCACUUUUGUGAGUCAGAGCUCCUUUGGUGCUAUGGCUGACCAACCUUUUGGUGAGACAUGGACUGGUGAUUAUAGAAGAAAUAAACAUUCUAACCGUAAUUUUCAUCUGGGUUCUCUAGAUAUUCCUCACAUAUCUCACAUGGAGCAAGAAUGCAGUGCUUUUGACAUGACAGAGCAUCUGAUGCCACAAAAACUGCAAAUGGAGCAACUUCAACAGCAGAAUUUCCUUUCUCAUCCCUUCAGACAUGUUAUAGGGUUGGGUGUUGAGAAUUCUUCUGGUUUAGUUUUGUCUCAGAGCAAUAACCCUAAUUCCCAGCAGGCAGUCCAUCAUCUGGAGCCAGAUCUGGAACAUCUUUUGGCGCUUCAACGGCAUGAGCUUCAACAACAGCAUCUGUUGCAGCAACAGCAGGUUCAUCUCCAUGAAAUGAAACUGCGGCAACAACAGCAGCAGCAGUCUCAAAUUCAGCAGUUUCUGCAUCACCAGAUAUCUCAGCCUGGUUAUGGGCAGUCAAAGAUAGAUCCUCUAAGAGACAACCCUUUUGAUCAGAUUCAAAUGAGGAAGCACCUUCUGCAUGAGCUGCAGCUGAAUUCUCACUCUUCAAGGCACCUUGAUCCAAUGAUUGAGCAGAUCAUCCAAGCAAAAGUUGGCCAGAAUGCCGCCCAAGGCAGGCAGGCUGAUAUUUUGGACCUUAUGUUGCAGCCAAAGCAUGGAAAUACAAUCACAUUAGAACAGCAUCUUCGUCUACAGCAAGAACAGGCGCAGGUACAGCAACUAUCUAUGACAUUGAGGCAGCAGUUAGGGUUGGAGGGGGAAAGGCAUAAUGGUGGGCCUUGGUCAGUUGAUGAAGCUGGUCAGUUUUUCAUAAAUCCUACUAGUCAUCAGCAGGCUGUGUCAGCUAGAUUUAACACGCCAGAUUUUUGCCUGCAACAGAGUAGGCUUUCCUCCCAUGAGGAGCAACUGAGAAAUCUCAGCUGGAAUCAUGCUUUACCGGAGCAAAUUCAGCAAGGUGUUUAUGAUCCUAGCUCAAUGUCCUUCGGGAGGUCAAUGCCUCUUCCUGCUAGUGCUCCUGGGACGAACUUGGACAGUGUAAACACUAGUUCUCAUGGUCUAGAUCUACAAGAGCGACGACUCUAUAGGCAAUCUGAUGAUCAACUUGGUUCUUUUUCUUCUGGUUUCCCAUCUCAUCCCCAAAAAGCGUCCGAUGAGUAUUAUGCUUCUCAUCUAGACGCAAUUCAGAGCUGCUCCUCUGGGAACAAUGGUCGGGUUGAAAAUAGCUGGAUUGAAGCACAAAAGCAACAAUUGCAUCUUGAAGCUUUGCGACAAAGAAUGGAGGCAGAAGUUAAUGUAUCUUCUGUAGAUUCAAAUGUUUGGGCAUCUGCAGGAGGUGAAGAGAACUCAAGACGAGGUUUGAUGGACCUUCAUCAAAAAAUGGUUCUUCAAUCUGCACAGUCAUCUGAAAUUGGUUAUCAACAUUCUGUAUUACCUUCCCGAAGUCAGGAAACAUUUCUGCUGAAUUCAGAGUCAAAUUAUUCAAAUUUUCCUUUUAAUCUUCCUCCAGAUCAACAAUUAUUUCUGAACGACUCUUUCACAAAAAGGCCUCAAGACUCCAAUUCAAGUGCCUUCUUGCAGGAUCACUUUGUUGGUGUGGCUGUGAAUGAACAGAAGUUCAACAAUUUGGGAAAGAGUGAAAGGUCUCCCUUUGGAUCUAAUUCUGGAGACCAGUCGUUCUUAUUGGGCACUAAAGAUACUUCUCAUGUUGGUUAUGUAAAUAAUAGCCUAAUUGGUAAAUCAGCUACAGAUAAAGACUUAUUAGAGUUAGAAGGAAACGUGGGGAAGAGACAUGGAUCGAAGGGUAUGAUUUCAACAAGCAGUUCAAUUUUGGAGAUCACAGAAAACUUGUCAGAGAAAACAGAGACAGCAUUGGGCAGGGAACUACCUUUUAAUGCUCAUAGUAGGCACAGCUCACUGAGUAGUGCUGGUGGUGAUGGUGGAGGCUUAUUCAGUUAUGAGAUGGGAUUAGAUAAAUCACUCCGAGGAGAGGACAUUGGUAAUGACAGGCUGCCCUCUACUUUAACUAAAGGGUUUGACAGCGCUUUUCAUACAUCCCAUGAUGUUUUGUUGGAGCCAGCAUCAGCUUCUCUUGUCAAGCCAAAAAAUGCAAUGGGCAUGGAAGCCUCUGAUGAAUUUGGCCCACUUUCAGAAGGUGGGUGUGAGUUAGUCGGUGACCAUCAGGCAUCUAGGAAGAAGGAUGUGCAUUUUCAGAGGACCUCGUCUUCCAGUGAUGCUUCUGUUUCCGAGACAUUAUUCAUAGACAUGCUCAAAAAACCAGUUCUCCCAGAGACUGAUGUAGCUAGUGGGGCUCCUUCAGAGUCAUCUGACGGUGGCAUACAAGCAGGGCGAAGUGGCAAAAAGAAAGGGAAGAAAGGAAGACAGAUUGAUCCUGCCCUCCUUGGCUUCAAAGUCUCCAGCAACCGGAUAAUGAUGGGUGAGAUUCAGCGCUUUGAAGAUUGACGGAUUAAACACGUUUGUACAUUUCUUGUACAUUUUCAGGAUUAAAGUUGUACAGUUCAUAUGAGGAGCACAGUUAUCAAAAGAAGAUCAAAAUAUUUUUUAAUUAUUUUUAUUUGUAUUUUACUAACAACCUGAUAUUUUUUGAACCUGUUGAUAUUAUGUAGCAUGCGAAGUAUAUAUGAGGAAGUCAAGCCUUUGUAGA